CGCCGCAACCGCAACAAGGCCGAAAACGUAGCGAAAACAGAGCUUUUCUUAAUGGAAACUCCUCUGUUCAUCGCCUCUAUUGUCAUAGGGCUGCUCAUAGGACUUGACAACUACUUAUACGCUUACGGGUUAGCGUAUCUACAAGUUUCCACUUCAUCCCUCAUAAUCGGAACUCAAUUAGCUUUCAAUGCUCUCUUCGCUUUCUUGCUGGUCAAGCAAAAGUUCACUCCCUUCUCUGUAAACGCAGUCGUAUUGUUGACGGUUGGUACUGGAAUCCUUGCGUUGCACAGCGACGGAGACUUGCCGGCUAACGAGAGCCACAAAGAGUAUGUUGUUGGGUUCUUGAUGACUGUGAUUGCAGCUGUUCUCUAUGCUUUCAUAUUGCCGCUCGUUGAGCUCACUUACAAGAAAGCUCGACAAGAAAUCACUUUCCCACUUGUGCUCGAGAUUCAGAUGGUUAUGUGCCUUUCUGCUACUUGCUUUUGCGUUGUUGGGAUGUUCAUCGUUGGAGAUUUUAAGGUGAUAGCAAAAGAAGCAAGAGAGUUCAAGAUCAGAGGAUCUGCGUUUUACUAUGCACUGAUAGUGAUCACAGGGAUAAUAUGGCAAGGUUUCUUCUUAGGAGCCAUAGGGAUUGUGUUCUGUGCAUCGUCUCUAGCUUCAGGUGUUCUCAUAAGUGUUCUGCUUCCGGUGACAGAGGUCUUAGCCGUCGUUUGUUUCCGGGAGAAGUUUCAAGCUGAGAAAGGUGUCUCUCUCCUUCUCUCUCUGUGGGGAUUCGUAUCUUACUUCUACGGUGAGUUUAAAUCCGGCAAGAUAGUUGUCGACAAACCUCAGCAGACGGAGACAGAGCUGCCUACUACUCUUCCUGCAGUUAGUGAUUCUGUUGCUUAAAAGGUCUUUUUUCCCGCAUUUCUAUAACAUAAGCAUGUGUGAAUGUGCGAUGAGUAUAACUAAAUGGUCUAUAUAAUUUAAGUGUAUAUGUAUGAAUGUAUUUCUCAAAUUAGUACACGUGUAGUAAAGAUAGAAUGAUACAGUGAUGAGUCUACAAACCAAAAAACGAAAGAUAUAAUUUCCUUAAGAUAAACAUUGAGAAAACAGUAUGCAUGCAUCUU